AUGGCCGCGCGAAGGCGUAACUUCUCCCAGAUCCCCAGUCGAAGGGGCCCGACAUCCUCGAUUCCAAUGCCAUACAUCACCGAAGUCACAUCUGGUGGCUGGAGGACAUCCGACAUCUUCUCCAAACUACUACAAGAACGAAUCAUCUGCCUCAACGGCCCCAUAGACGACACCGUCUCCGCCGCCAUCGUCGCCCAGCUGCUCUGGCUCGAGUCCGACGCCCCCGAGAAGCCCAUCACAAUGUACAUCAACUCGCCCGGCGGCGAGAUCAGCUCCGGGCUGGCGAUAUACGACACAAUGUCCUACAUCCAGUCGCCCGUGUCGACCGUCUGCGUCGGCGCCGCCGCCUCCAUGGCCGCCAUCCUGCUGCUGGGCGGCGAGGCCGGCAAGCGCUACGCCCUGCCGCACAGCUCCAUCAUGGUGCACCAGCCUCUGGGCGGCACCAAGGGCCAGGCCUCGGACAUCGUCAUCUACGCCACGCAGAUCCAGAGGAUACGCACCCAGGUCAACGAGAUCGUGCGAAGCCACCUCAACAGGUCGUUUGGCUUUGAAAAGUAUGACGUCCAGACUAUUAAUGAUAUGAUGGAGAGGGACAGGUAUUUGAUGGCGGACGAGGCCAAGGACGCCGGUAUCGUGGACGAGAUAUUGCUCAAGCGGCCUGCGAGGGACGACAAGAAGGAUGAUAAAGAGUCGGCCUGA